AUGGCGCCAUCCAAAGCGGACUAUUGCUGCGGUCACUGGGUGGAUGCGGCUCUGAAUGUUUUGGGAGAUCGUUUUGCUUCUGGAUGGGAAGAUCCUUGGAAAGAGUUUCGGUAUGGUUCUGACUGCAGCGGGCUAGAUGCGCCAUACUGGGCCUUGCAAAUGCUGACAAAGGCCGUUGAGGACAGUGGUGGUGGCAGCGUUUGCUGCCAACAUCUAUUCGCAUCAGAGGCUCCUGGCCCGCAAGGGCUUUGGCAGAAGAGAAUGUUGGAAGCCAACCUUUCCCCAGGAGCCAUCUACGACGACAUGCUGGCUCGCGGGAGCAAAAGUGGGAUUGAUUGGAAGACAGGCCAGAAGGCGAUCUUGCCGACCGGCCUGCACCUGUAUACUGGUGGUUUUGAAUGUCAGGACAGUUGGACAGAUUGA